AUGAGAGAAGGUUGGACAAUAUCGAAAGGUAGUUCAGCAGUGUUUCUCAUUUAUAAACUUCCUAGAAGCGCAAAAUAUUGGCCAUGGCCAUUAAUAUUCGAUCCCGAUAGGUUCCUAUCGGGAAAGAAUUGUUCUACAUAUUUCUUUCCAUUUAGUUACGGUCGAAGAAAUUGCAUAGGUCAAAAUUUUACUAUGCUAAAUAUGACAAUAAUCAUCGCUACGCUGAUUAAAAGAUUUUUAGUUAAAAUAAAUAAUCUAAUAGAAAUUGCAGAAAUAGGUUUAAAGAUAAGCCUCAUAUUAAAACCGGCAAAACCAAUAAGAUUAAAGUUUGAAAGAAGAAAUUACUUAAAACAUAUAAUAUAUAUACAUAACGAAUUCUGUGAAGUGUAG